CUGACGCCACUCAUUGCUCUUGGCUUAUGUCAUUCUUCACAAAGUCGCCUGUGCAGGUACUUGUGGACAAAGCCACUGGAGAGCUUCUCAUCGGACCAGACGCAGCACUCAAUCUGGAGAUUGCAGAGCUUGUCAACACCUCUCCUAAUGCGGCCAAGGAUGCGGUGAAGCAAGUGAAGAAGAGGAUGAAGAACAAGAACCCUAAGGUCUCGCUCCUGGCGCUCAAUGUGCUGCAAGUGCUGAUGCGGGAGGGCGACCAGCGGCUGUAUCAUCAGGUGGUGACGCAGAAGAUCCUGGGCGAGUUUGAGAAGAUGAUCGCAAAGUCAGAUGCCAACGAUCGGGUGGUGACCAAGAUCCUUGGGCUGGUUGCCGCCUGGGGUGAGUCGUUUAAGGACAUGGAGACGUUCUACAUGUUUACCCAGCUGCAAGCCAAGUUUGCCCGCAUGGGCCUCCCGUUUCCGCCGCGCGAGCCGGAUGCGGUGUUCCAGCCACGAAUCUCGCACGCCGCCACUGCAGCUAGCGGAGCGCACCGAUCUGGCCACGCCCGGACCGGUGACCGGCGGCGGAGCGGCUCGGGCUCGCGGUCGCGAUCGCGGUCGCAGGGUGCGGCGGCGCAGCCUGUCGACCCGGCGGUGGCCGCAGUCCAACUCGCCAACGAGCUCGAGAUCAUCAACAACAACAUCAUGCUUCUGGCCGAAAUCGUGGCCUUUGCCAAGCCUGAGGACGACCUCACGCAGAACGACCUCGGCAUGGAGCUAUACCGCAAUCUCAAGGCCGCACAGCCGCGGCUGAACACGGUCAUCUCUCGCACUGCCGACGAGACCAAAAUGUUCUCGCUGCUCGGCGUGGCAGACUCGAUCAACAGCGUGCUUGACGACUUUGAGCGGGCUCUGACCGGCGAACUUGCGGCGACGACGUCGUCGACGGCGUCGGCAGACUCGGACGACGGCUCGGACGACUCGGCCGCCGCCGCCAUCGCCGCUGUUGCCGCCGCCGAGGCCGCCGAGGCCGCCCAGCGUGCCGGCAACACCACGACCGCCCCGCCGCCGUCAUCGGCGUCUUCCAUUCCGGUCCUGGCGCCGCCACCCGGCUCGCGAGCUGGAGGCUCGCCAGGUGCAACGUCACCGCUCGCACCCGCCGCUGCUGCAGCAGGCUCGCCGGGCGGUUCGCUUCUUGACCUUGGGACGCCUUCUCCGGCAACAGCCGCGUCUCCUCCGCAGGCGGCGGCUACCACAACCGCAGCAUCGCUGAUGGACGUGUUUGGUGCCAACCCUGCUCCGCCGCCGUCGUCAUCCAAUCAGACGCCGCUCACCGCGGCGCCGUCGCUCUCAUCCGGCGCAGCCGCACCGACCUCGAUCGCCGCCGAGUUUGACACCUUGCUCUCGGGCACCGGCUCCACGCCGCGGUCUGGCGCCGCCGCACCUGCAGCCGCGCCUGCACCUGCUGCUGUCGACGAGUUUGACGCCUUCCUCUCCUCACGAGUCGCGUCGUCGCCGCCGGCUACCGCCGCCGCCGGUUCGCCGUCGCUCAUCUGA